AUGUCCGAUAGUGACAGGCGAGCUAAACGCUCUCGGUUUGACCAGACAGAGCCUGAACCAAAACGCCAGUCUCGGUUUGAUAGACGCUCGCGCUCGCCGUCUGCUCGAGCUUCGGAGGCAGUGCGGGAUCGUAGCCCGAUAAAUCGUCGAUCCAGCCAGGGUUCAGAAGAUGCGAGCAAGCCCGCUACUCCCUCUGACCCUGCAGUCGCUGCGGCUGCCGCGGCCGCCAGGAUAAAGGAGCAGAUACAAGCAAGACAGGGCUAUCAACCAUCCACCACUCCGCCAGGACGCUCUAUUUCCAGUCCUUCCACUAAGGCAUCGUCCUCGGUUGCUCAUAUAAAUGGUGAAGUAUACAUGGCAGACGGUGAUUACAUCAAAGACAUCGAAGUCAACGAUCUCCGAAACCGAUAUACAAUUACAAAAAGCACUACUCAAAAGAUGAUUAAAGAAGAAACUGGCGCCGAUGUCACUACUAGAGGAAACUAUCUUCCGGAUAAAAGCAUGGCGACCCCUUCGAACCCUCCGCUUUACCUGCAUGUCACCAGCAGAACAAGAGAAGGCUUGGACAAGGCUAUCAAGAAAAUUGAAGAGCUCAUGAAGCAGGAACUUCCUGCUCUUGUUGAUGAACGGAGAUUCCGCCGAAGGGAACCGCCAGAACGUGUCGAGAGAGAUGAGUUCGGUCGCCCCAAAUGGCCUGAAGAACGGAUUCCGAUUGACCUGGAGCCUAUCCCUGGCUUCAAUUUGCGCGCACAAGUUGUUGGUCAAGGGGGUCAAUAUGUCAAGCACAUCCAGCAAAAAACUCACUGCCGUGUCCAGAUUAAAGGUCGUGGAUCAGGAUUCAAAGAACAUGGCACUAACCAAGAAAGUGAUGAACCAAUGUAUUUGCAUGUCGCUGGACCUGAUCCAAAUGAAGUCCAGAAUGCAAAAGCCUUGUGUGAGGACUUGCUUAGCAAUGUCAAGGAACAGUAUGAGAAAUUCAAAGAAAACCCACCACCACAGCGAGGUUAUCACGGUGGCGGAGGCUACGGCCAUCGUGACCGCCAUCAGUAUGGCAUGGGCUAUUCCUCUGGAGGUGGACACCAUAGUGGCGGGGGAUAUAACAACCAUUCCUCCCCUCAAACACCUUCAGGGAUGACUCCGCAGUCUGGGCCUGGGGCAACGCCUACCCCAUCUGCAGGUGGCUCUCAGCCCGAUUAUAGCGCCCAAUACGCUCAAUAUUAUGGUGGCCAAGACCCUUAUGCGGCAUAUGGAGGCUAUCAAAAUUACGUUGCUUAUUAUCAAUAUUAUCAGCAAGCUGCACAACAGCAGCAGCAACAACAACAAACGGGAUCUACCGCUCCUCCUCCACCUCCCCCGGAGUCCGCAGCGCCUCCACCCCCACCGCCUCCGCCUUCAUCAGAAACCCCUCCUCCACCACCGCCGCCCCCGUCUGGCGGGUAUAAUUCAGUUCCUCCGCCACCAGGUCUGUAG